AUGAAGAUUGAAGGCACUGUAGUUUUGAGAAAAGCAUCGCUUAUGGAUGCCAAAGACUACAGUGCUAGUUUUGGAGACAGGGCAGCCGAGCUCCUGCAGAGAAAGGUGUUUUUUCAACUGGUCAGUUGUGAUCAAACAGACAAUGAAACUGGCAAGGGUAAAGCUAGCCCUCAUAAGGCUGCCUUAGACUGGAAUUGGCCAGGCUUGGGAACAGUUGUUACGGAUACAACCCACAAAAUCACUUUUGAAUGGCCCACUGACUAUGGGACUCCUGGAGCUAUACUAGUCACAAACAAGCAUGCUCGAGAGUUUUAUCUCAAACAUGUUUGCAUUCAUCUUCCUGAUCAAGGAGAUGUUAAUUUUCUCUGUGACUCUUGGAGCUAUCUUCCUUCGAAAACACCAGUAGGGCUUGUGGGUUGGAGGGGUGAAGAGCUGGUAAAAAUGAGAGGAAAUGGUACUGGGAAGAGGGAGCCGUGGGAUCGUAUUUAUGAUUAUGAUGUUUACAAUGAUCUGGGUGACCUUGAGAACGGGAAGAAUCUUGAGAGGACAAUUCUCGGAGGAUCCGCCGACUUCCCAUAUCCGCGGAGAUGCAGAACUGGCCAUCACGCUUAUGAGAGUCGAAAGCAGGAGUGGAAAUUGUCAGCACUUAUAUCGCCAGGCUUCUAUAUCCCGGCAGAUGAGAAGUUCCCUCAAGCCAGUCUUUCUGACUUUCGAGCCCAUUUCUUCAAAGCUUUCUCUAAAAAGUUCAUUUCUGAUCUUGUCACAAAUCUAAAUGUAGUGAAGAAUCACUUCGGCAAUUUGAAGGAGGUUAAAAGUCUCUACAGUAAGGGACUUAACAUGCCAGCUGAUAUUACAAUUAGUUUGGCCAAAGCAGUCGUUCCCUUUCAGAUGAUAAAAGGGAUUUUGGAUACAAACGACCAAGCGGUCCUAAAAUUUCCAAAACCCAAUAUAAUAAACAGGGAUGAUAAUGCAUGGAGGACAGACGAAGAGUUUGCUCGUCAAACACUUGCAGGGAUCAAUCCUAUGGUUAUUAAACGUUUGGAGCGCUUCCCGCCAUAUGGCAAUCAGAACCCACAAAUUUACGGUCCACAGAAGAGUUCAAUCACUGAGGAACAUUUGCUUCCUUACAUGGAUAAAAUGUCAGUGGAAAAGGCCAUUGAAAAUAAAAGACUGUUUAUAAUGGACUACUAUGAUGCAUACAUGCCCUACGUGGAACGCAUUAACAACCUUGAGACAAGCAAAGUCCAUACCAGCCGCACCAUCUUCUUUCUUGGGGGUGAUGGAACCCUAAGGCCUAUUGCCAUCAGCUGUGUUUGCCUCCCACAGCUGUGGGACAUGGUGACAACCGCGUCUUCACUCCGAACUAUGCUCAAGAAGACAAGGGAUGGUUGUGGGAGUUGGCCAAAGCUCAUGUGCGAUCCAACGAUUCUGGUUAUCACCAGAUAG